AUGGUAUCAAAUAAUUGCACGAUUGCAGCGGGCCCAGGCUUCAAGCAGCAGCAGUCGGAGCUCGCGCAGCGCGCGGGCCUAGUCGGCAUCUCGGUUUCAAAGGUGCACCUGAAGCUCUCGCGGCUGUCAGCACUCGCGAAACGCAGCUCAGUUUUCGACGACCACACCGCCGAAAUCGACAACCUGACAGCCGCUAUAAAGCAGGAGCUGCAGCAGGUCAACGCAAGCAUCUCGGACCUGCAGCGGGCCGCGGCGGCGCAGCACGGCGGCGGCAGCCGGCAGGCCGGGGAGCAUGCGGCAGCGGUGGUGGACGCGCUCAGGGGGCGGCUCAAGGACGCGACAGCAGAAUUCAAGGAGGUGGGGGGUGGUUGA